CUAGCCAAUCAAAUGUCACCACUUUGUGGUGGGCGUGUCCUACAUGAAACACAAACACAUCGUCGCUCACAACCAAACAACCAAAGUUAGCCUGUGCAAACUGGUCCGGGAAAUGUCGUUAUUAACUGCGAAAGAACCAGGGAUCGACCCAGACGCCAUGCCGGUGGAGUCCAUAGUACCCGCCUGCAUGUUCGCACCAGACCCAGGGUUUGGGGACGACCUGCCCGACGGAGAGGGCUUCGAAGACGGCGAGGGGACCAACGGCGAGUCCGGGGAUCAUUUAAAUUUCAGUAGUAAGUUAGUCUUGGUCAGUCCGUCGGGGGACCAGUAUGACUCGUUACUACGCCAACUCAGGGAGCGGAUGGAUGAAGGAUGCGGGGAAACCAUCUACGUGGUCGGAAUGGGUUCAGACGGGGGAGACUACGGCCUGGAUGAGAAGGACAUGGAGGCCUCGGCGGCUACGGUGAGGUCGCUGUGCGAGCAGAUCGAGGCCGACCUCAUCUUCCUGCGGGAGCGCACCGAGGCCGGCGGCAGGAUCCGCGACUACCUCAUACGGCGGCGCGUCGGCGAGCUGGACUUCCUGGAAGUCAGGGUGGCGGUGGUGGGCAACGUGGACGCCGGCAAGAGCACCCUGCUGGGGGUGCUGACUCACGGGGAGCUGGACAACGGCCGUGGCUUUGCGCGGCAGAAGCUCUUCAGGCACAAGCACGAGAUGGAGAGCGGCCGGACCAGCAGCGUGGGCAACGACAUCCUGGGCUUCGACCAGGAGGGACAGGUGGUGAACAAACCCGACAGCCACGGGGGGAGCCUGGACUGGACCAAGAUCUGCGAGCGGUCCUCCAAGGUGAUCACCUUCAUUGACCUGGCGGGCCACGAGAAGUACCUGAAGACCACCGUGUUCGGCAUGACGGGACACAUGCCCGACUUCUGCAUGCUCAUGGUGGGCAGUAAUGCAGGCAUCGUGGGGAUGACCAAGGAGCACCUGGGCCUGGCGCUGGCCCUCAACGUGCCUGUGUUCGUGGUGGUCACCAAGAUAGACAUGUGCCCCGCCAACAUUCUCCAAGAGACGCUAAAGCUAUUACAGAGACUACUGAAGUCACCGGGCUGCAGGAAGAUCCCCGUCCUGGUCCAGAACAAAGACGAUGUCAUCGUCACCGCAUCCAACUUCAGCUCUGAGAGGAUGUGUCCCAUCUUCCAGAUCUCCAAUGUGACCGGGGAGAACAUGGAGCUGCUCAAGAUGUUCCUCAACCUGCUGUCGUGUAGGACGGCCUACAGCGACGAUGAGCCCGCCGAGUUCCAGAUAGACGACACCUACUCUGUACCGGGUGUGGGCACGGUGGUGUCGGGCACCACGUUACGGGGCCUGAUCCGCCUCAACGACACCCUGCUGCUGGGCCCAGACCCCCUGGGCACCUUCAUCCCCAUAGCCGUCAAGUCCAUCCACCGCAAGCGCAUGCCGGUCCGCGAGGUCCGUGCUGGACAGACCGCCUCCUUCGCCCUCAAGAAGAUCAAGCGUUCGUCGAUAAGGAAGGGCAUGGUGAUGAUCUCUCCUAAGCUGACCCCCCAGGCCACCUGGGAGUUUGAGGCUGAGAUCCUGGUGCUCCACCACCCCACCACCAUCUCCCCCCGCUACCAGGCCAUGGUGCAUUGUGGGAGCAUCAGGCAGACGGCCACCAUCCUGACCAUGAACAGGGACUGUCUGCGUACCGGCGACAAGGCCACGGUCCACUUCCGCUUCAUCAAGACCCCCGAGUACAUGCACUGUGACCAGCGGCUGGUGUUCAGGGAGGGCCGCACCAAGGCUGUGGGCACCGUCGUCAAGCUGCUCCAAGCGGUGAACACGCAAGCGGCCCGGGCCCAGCAGGCCAAGAUGCUUGCCCUGAAGAAGAAGGAGGGCACAGGAACACCAGAUGAGACCGGGACCGUGGCAAGACCAGGAAGCCCCUCUUCACAGCCCAAGACUGGCAGCGGUCGGAGAAGAGGCGGCCAGCGACACCGUGGCAAGGGUCUCAACGCCACCAUCCCUACGGCAACCACUCCCCCAGCAGCGGCAGGAACCGCCUAGCAACGCCAUAGUCCCAGUCCCCCCCCCCUCCACCAAGCCGACCCUACUCCCGGCAGCGGAGACGCACGCGCUGAUGAACUCUGAACUCCACCAUAUGAGGAGCAGACGUUCAACCCUCUGGCUCCCUCUGGUGGGUUUGGUGUUGAAACACAAAACAAAAAGGCAACGGCGGCAGUGAAGGACCUGUUAUUCUAAAGCUUUCAUUUGUUUUAAUUUUUUUAUUCUACUUUUCCCCCUUUGGCAAAUUAACGGCGUUCCAAGCAGCUAGGAGGUGCAGUGGUCGGGGAACCUCCCAGUUGUGUAUAAGGAAGUCCAAAUGUACGUGUUGAUAGAUAAUAAGGGGAUUCUCCUCGGCGCUGAUAAAUGGUACAUAGAGUGACUCAAUGGCGGCCUCUUGUCACCAGACCCGUGCGUUUAUGGGCCGUUCAAAUUCCAACCCACUACAGAUUUGUUCCUGUUGUAGCAAAAAAAAAAAUGAGAAAGGAAAAGCAGCAGGCCACCCCAAGUUCAUGCAUUCAAUCAUUCCCUCUGAAUUUAAGAUUUGCUAAUGAGGCUUUUUGCUUCUCCCUGUGGAGAACACAACCGUUCUCCUUCUCUUAUUUUUCCAUCUCUCUCCGACUCGUUCUCUGGCCUAUUCCCCGCGUCUCAUUAACCACCAUGAUUUGUGUUGCUGUUUCCCAUCCACGCCGACCCUGGCGGCCUGCGGGCUCGGCUCAGCGUCUUAUCCAUCUAGACCAAGGCAUUGUCAAGGGCUUAAUGUGGCCCGCACUAGGGGGGAUCCGCGGAGGCAGAGCACCAUGGUUACAGGGGGCCGCAGCCAGAACUUGGCACUAAGCAAUGGCUGCGGCCCCCUCCCCUGCAUUGACGGGUUGUCGGUUUAACUUGACCUCCCGCGUGGAUCGCUGAACGAGAAGGGCUCGGUUAUCUGAUCUCCAACCGCUAGCAGUUGAACCGUCACCCUGCCCCCCCCCCCCCCCCACACCCCGCCCCCCACCCCUUGAACGCCAGUGCAAGCAAUCCCAGCGGGGUGGAACACAGAUCGGUGUGUGAUUAUGGCGAGGGCGCAGUACUCUCUUGAUUGGCUGGGAUCUCAAGAGGUCUGCGUUUGAUUGGUUGAAAUCUCUUGAGGCACCGGCUACCAAAAUUGGUGGAGGUUGGUUUUAUUUAUUUUUUAGACUAUUACAGCAGGGGUCUUUCCUGCUUGGUGUGUUUUUGUGUGUACUUCUCCGUAGUCUUUGUCGUCUCUUUAAACGAAACACUUGUUCACCAGGGAAAACGUCAUGCUUUAGCACUGAAUGUCUUCCACAGCGCAGUCUUUUACUGGGUUAAGGGGAGCAGUCAGUUUAGUAAAUCGACCCAAAGUACCUUUUUGUAACCCAAAUUACUUUGCAUCUGCUGCUUACGGCACACACAUGACUCCUAAUGUUUGUGUGCUCCAACGCUCGGUGAAAAGAAAACUGAAAUGGUUGGAAAAUUUGGAGUUGUUGAAGAUAACCAUAUGCCAUGUGUUUGUGUGGCAUCACACAAACACAUGGUGUUUGUGUGUUGUAAAUCUAUUCAAAAUUCUUAGUAAAUCUAUUCAAAAUUCUUUUUUUGAGGGUGCCGUCUGCUCCAGCAGAAGUUUAACUUUGAAUUUGCAAUAAGGAAGUCAUGUUUUGUCGUGACAAAGUAAUCUCGGACAAGCACUUCAGUCCCUGCAAUCGUUAAGGUCUGUGAUUUUUGGCGUGAGUUCCAGCUAAUUAAGACUCUAUGCUGUGGCUUCGCCUCACACUCUGGUUCUCAAACUUAAUAAGCUACGGUACUAAAGCCCUCAUUGGUCCUGAAUGGGGGGUUCGCCCGCACGGUUUGGAGGCGCUGUACCAUCUCUUAAAGACCCCUUUGUCUCGGCCGUGUGGUUGCUCCAAGAGCCCUCAUUGGUCCUGUUCUCCUGUCUUUGAUUCCCACAUGCACGGUGAGGUUAGAACAUAAGGCCAUCCGAUGCUUUACUUAAUCACCUUGGAAACAGAGUCAGUGCGUCUGUAGAUUACCUGGCUUCAACCCCCUCCUCAUUUUGUUACAUUGAAGAUAUACUAAUGGUCCAUUUUUUUUUUUUUGAAGCGAUUAUUUCUUUUUUUUUUGCUUUGUUAUUGUCUGUACAGAAAGUUCAACUGUACAAAAGAAGUAAGAAGAAAAGAGGCCAUUUAACCUGAAGUGGUGCCAGUUUGUGCUGUUAAAAAAUGUUAAAAUAAAGACUUUGAGAAUAUG